ACACAACUAAAUUUUCUAAAUACCAUCCACCUUUUAAAAAGUCAGAGUGACGGGUAAUAAGUGGAGGAAUAGAAUGUUUCUGUCUCUUCCUACGUUGACUGUCCUUAUUCCAUUGGUCUCUUUGGCAGGACUGUUAUACUCGACCUCUGUGGAAGAAAACUUCCCACAGGGCUGCACUAGCACAAUCAGCCUGUGCUUUUACAGUCUGCUCUUGCCGAUUACCAUACCCGUUUAUGUGUUCUUCCACCUUUGGACUUGGAUGGAUAUUAAACUCUUCAGGCAUAAUUAAUACAACCAGAGCCAAGAUGGUAUAUCCUAAUGUUAUGCUGAGUGUCUGUCUCUGAAAGCUCAACUACAUGGAAAUACUGGAAACCCACUUAAUUUGCAAGAAAGAUGCUUUGCCUAGCUUCUGUCAGAGGUUUAGGACUAUAGGAGGCUUAAGCUGCAGAGGCUUCUUUAUUG